AUGGUGGCCUUCACCACCAUCGCCCUGGUCUGCGCCCAGACACAGAACGUGCGUUGGGCCAGACCUGGCGGCUGCGACCCGGCCAUCUGCGGCCCGACCUGUAAUGGCAGCUUCGAGUGCCCGCUGCCCACAAUCCAGGCCGCCGUCAAUGCUCUGGGACCCGGCGGCGGACAGGUCUCGCUCUUCGCCGGCACCUACCAAGGCGCCGGCAACUCCAACAUCAGGCUUGCCAACGGCCAAUUCACUAUCAACGCUGGGCAGGGCAUUCAGUCGGCGACGAUCGACUGCGGCGGCAACCCCGGGUUCAGCGUCGAGAACGGCAACUUCGAUUUCAUCGGCCUCGUGGUCCAGAACUGCCAGCGGCCCGGUGGCAACGGCGGCGCCUUCUCCGCGCGCUUCGCCACCAUCACGCUCGACACCCUGCGGGUGACCAACAACGCAGCGGCCCGAGGCGGCGGGCUCUAUCUCGAGAGCGGCAGCGGCUUCUCGUUCCGCAGCUUCAUCGUCAACAACACGGCGACCGACGUGGGCGGCGGCAUCUUCGUCACGGGCGCCUCGUUCAGCGUGGUCGAGUCCAACGUGACCGACAACCAGCCGGACGACAUCGCCUGCGCCAACGGCUCGGUCCAGGAGUUCCGCCCCAUCGCCACGGGCGAGGUCACCUGCCUGCCCGGCUGCGGCUCCGCCCUCUGCCCGGCCUAA